CCUGCUAAUGAGGCGGUGUUGAAAGGAGCUCUGCACCAAAUGCUGGACGUGCCCACUGUAGCUUGUGGAUGCUGAAGUUUUUUUAGUGGCUCUGGAAACUCUUUCACAAAGGUGUGACACGAAUCCUCUGGGGCUCAGAACGUGGUGCGGUGCGAUGCAGUGACCCCUGCGGAUCACUGCAGGAGUCGGCUGAGCCCAGAGUCCAUCCCAUUUUGAGGCCAUGGCAGCCCAGCAUCGGGUGCAGCAAAGCAGAUGUCAGUGCUGUGGGGUUUAAGGGGAUCAGCGCCUUCUUGUUGAGAUGGUGCAACUUCUGGUGGGGACUUCUUGGUUUUUCGCUGCUCCCCGGCUUCCUCCCAGGAAUUCUGUCUCCGUUGGAAACGAAGCCCUGUCCCGAGAUGCUCCGCCUGGGUUUUCUGGAGCUGUUUCCUGCUUUGGGCUCCUUUCCCUUCAGCAUCUCCUCGCGUCUCUCCGUCACUUUCUCACCUUUUUCCCGUCCCCGGCUCUUCCCGAAAUGGGCACCGGGCGGAUUCCUGCGGUCGCUCAUCUGCAUUCAGCCUCCUCCCCCGCCGGCCCCGCUCCUCCCUCCCGCACCUCCGCGGCGUCGGGCAGAGCUGCGUGCGGUGCCGGCGCGGCGCCUCCCCACGCUCCUCGGCUUUGGGGUUAUACGAUCGUUAUCGCUAUUUUUCCCCGGAGCCCGGCGGCAGCGCUGGGGACUGAGGGACGCGGGAGGGACGCGGCCGGGGCAGCGGGGGCUGUGGGCUCUGCGCUGUGUCACCGCCGUGCGCCGGGAGAUGCCUCUGGGGGACAGCGGGGCGGCCAGGAGGAGCGGCCAGCAUCACUGCGGCGUCACCGGCUGCGAGGGGACACGGGACACCCCGUACCAGGACCAGCCGGCUCCCGAUGUCAGCAGGACGGGGGUGACGGGAGAGGAUGAGGAGCUGUGGCCGGAGCUGGAUGAUGGAGGUUUGACCUCCGGACGGGGAGAAGACGCGUGCAGGGCCCUGCAGAGGGUGAGGAGUGGGGAAGCACUGAUGGCCGAGCUCUCGGAGAGGGUGCAGAAGGUGGUGGGGAGCAGCAGCUGGUGGGAGAGGCACGGCGUGGACAUCUGCAUCCUCAGCUGCAGUCUCCUAGCACUGCCAGCAGGAUUCCUGUGCUUGCGUUCAGCCCACACCAUCCCCUUCCUGGUGGGUGUCUUCAUCCUUGGCGUGGGAUAUCACACCCUGGCUGUGAAGGGCAGCCACCUCGCCAGCCACAACGCCCUGACCAAGUCCAAGUCCUGGGGCAAAAUGUGGGCUGUCUUCUUCAUUGAGUUCUUCUCAGCAUUCACGGCCGAGCAGGCCAGCUACAACCAUGUGAAGCUCCACCAUGGCUACACCAAUGUCAUUGGCCUGGGGGACUCCAGCACCUGGAAGCUGCCUUUCCUGAACCGCUACAUCUAUAUGUUCAUCAUGCCGCUCGCUGUGCCCAUCAUAACCCCCCUGGUUGCACUAGACUUGCUGAGGAACGUGGAGAUGAGGGCUGCUCUCCGCACUGUCUGCAUCAUGUUGCUGGGGCUGUGCUGCCAUUACUGCCUGCUGCGCCACGUCUCGGGCUUCCAGUCGCCGUGGUCUGCCCUGCUCUGCAUGCUGCUCACCCGCUCUCUCCUGGCCCACCCCUACAUCCAUGUCAACAUAUUCCAGCACAUCGGCCUCCCCAUGUUUGCGGCUGAUCGGAAGCCCAAGCGCAUCCAGCAGAUGAGUCUGGGUGUGCUCAACCUGCCCCGCAAUGCACUGCUUGACUGGUGCUUUGGUCACUCGCUCAUCAGCUGCCACGUGGAGCACCACCUCUUCCCCAGCCUGUCUGACAACAUGUGCCUCAAGAUCAAACCCAUCGUGUCGCAGUACCUGAAGGAGAAGCAGCUGCCCUACAAUGAGGACACCUACGGCUCCCGGCUCCGGCUCUUCCUGCAGAAGUACGAGGAGCUGAUGGUCCAUGCGCCGCCCAUCACGGAGCUGGUGGGAAUCCAGUGAGAUGGGGCUGGUGGCUGCAGGAAACGUUCCUCCCACUGUCCUGAUGCUGAGCAGCGGGUGCUGUGUGUGGGGGCUGUGUGUGUGGGGGGGCUGUAUGAGGGCUGUGUGGGGGCUGUGUGGGGUCUGUGCCCCUGGCAGCUGCUGGUGGACAGGGCUCGGUUCUACCCUCACGUCUUUCUUGCUCGGGGAGAGCAAAGCAGCGCAGCGCAGCCCCUGGGCUGUGUCCUGCUGCAGGAGCAGCCGGUGGGGCUGUCACCGGGUGUUACCCACGAGCUGUGCUGGGGGCGGGGGGUGUCGGCGCCACGUGCUUUACCUGGUGGGAUGGGGGGAACCGGCCUCUCCUGGGAACAUGGAUUUGGCAAAUUCA